AUGAUAGCAACGGCAUAUUUGUACCUGUCGUGGAAAGACAAUCAUAUAACAUGGACGCCUGAUAGUUAUGGCGGAAUCAAUCACAUUUACAUUCCGCAAAAUGACAUCUGGAAACCGGAUAUCGCUCUCGCCAAUGGAUAUUCAAAGAUGACAGUAUUAGGAGAUAACUUUAUACUAACGAGAAUAUCGCAUGAAGGUUUAGUGGAAUGGCUUCCAUAUGAAGUCUUCGAGACGAAAUGUUCCAUAGACAUUUCAGAGUUUCCUUUUGAUGUACAAACUUGCAAUAUCACAUUUGGUGUGUGGACGAGUAGUAUGGAAGCUAUUGAUAUUGAUUUCAUAGUUGGGAAGAACACUAUCGAUUUGGAAUCGUACCAGGAAAACAGCAAAUGGGACCUUGUGUCAACCGCGGCUGAUACUCUUGCAUUGUAUGUAGAGGGAACCAUGGCAACAUUUUCGUUUACUUUUCGGAGGCGAUCAGAAUAUUAUAUGUACAACAUUGUUGUUCCAGUGAUGCUCUUGUCCUUUUUGGCAGUAUUUACAUUUGUUCUGCCUAUUGAAAGCGGCGAGAAAAUGGGAUUCUGUAUGACUGUGUACUUAGCAUUUGCUGUUUUCCUUACCAUAGUCGGUGAAUCCCUGCCUGUAAGCUCAACCCAAUCCUUACUGAGCAAAUAUCUAUUUGUUCUUAUGAUGAUGGGAACAGUCAUAAUCAUAUUGACAACGAUCGAAUUACGGAUCAGCUACAGGCAUACAUCUUCACACGAAAUCCCAUUGCUUCUGAUAGGCCUUGUACAUAUCAGCCGAAGAAUUCAGUGCAGACAUCUUGAUAAGGUUUCAGAUCUUGACAAAGGUUCUGAAAAAAUGGCACGUGAUGAAAAUGAAGAACUCCCAACAGAACACAACUUGUGUGGAUCGUUAUUUAUAGAAACUUCUUGGUCCGAUGUGACGGCGGCUGUUGAUUUCUUUUCUUUCUGGAUCUUCCUAGCAAUAAAUACUAUUGCUACUUCCGUGAUUUUCACCAGGGGAUGA